AUGUUGGCGGCUGGCGGCGUGAUGUGCAUUGGGGGACCAGCAUUGAUCUACUACGUGACGCCUUCCGAAGAAGAGCUCUUUCUGCGAUAUAACCCCGAGCUCCAACGACGCUCGUUACAGAACCGACAACAGAAGCAAGAAGACUUUGACAACUUCGUGGGUCGAUUGAAGAAUUACUCGAAGAGCGACAAGCCAAUCUGGAUUGAAGAACAAGUCCAAGCAGCGAAGCAGAAAGAAGCGAGCGUGCGAGCAGAACUCGACAGAAGGAGAACUGCCGAGGCGGAAGCGGAGGCAAGACGGCAGGAAAUCAAGAACAGUCUCCGCUAA